AUGCAUAGGCGAUUUCAGCGAGCAUACACAUCUAUUAAAGAAAACACAUUUGUGAGGUAUGCCAAGAUCGCGACAGUUGGAGGGUUUUGUGACGUAGAUUUGAUACUGGUAAAGGCAACUUCGCCGGAGGACAUACCUCUCCGUGAUCGAUAUGUCCUCCAGCUCUUAAAAGUCUUCUCAGUUUCGCCUCCUGCUUACCGGACUUUUGCUUCCAGCUUUUCCCGGCGGUUUAGCAAGACGAGGUGCUGGAGAGUUGCUUUGAAAUGCUUAAUCCUCCUCCACCGUUUGCUCCGAGCAUUGCCUUACAACAGCUCAUUCAGAACUGAACUUCUUUGGGCUCGUUCCAAUGGUUUCUUGUCUCUAAAUCCAUGUCCAUUUCGUGAUUCCUCAUCGUCUAACUCAGAAGAUUACACACGUUUCAUUUCAUCGUAUGCUAAUCUUCUUGACGAAGCAUUAGAUUGUCUGACAAUUGAUUGUGAAGAUGGCAGUGUGGAUGCACAAGAACAAACCGAAGAGGAACAAAAUAAUGAAGGAGAAGAAGAAGAAGUGAUACUCCAAAGUUUUCCUGAUAAGAUGAAACGAGUGGGGGAGAAACUUGAUGUAUUACCACAACUUCAGAGCCUAGUUGAUCGAGUGAUCGAAUGCAGGCCAAAAGGAGCGGCUGCAAGAAGCUUUCUUAUACAUUGUGCCUUAAAAUAUAUCGUGCGAGACAGUUUCUUCUGCUACACCACUUUCAGGAGUGAAAUAGUUGCAGUCCUCGACCAUCUGAUUCAGUUGCCCUACCGGAGUUGCAUGAUGGCUUUUGGUGUAUACAAGAAAGCCGCGGUUCAAGCUGAUCAUCUUUCUGAAUUCUAUGAUUGGUGUAAAUCCGUUGGGCUGUGUGGAAUCUACGAAUACCCUUUUGUUGAUCGAAUCCCAGAAAUGCAAAUUCAAGCUCUGGAGAACUUUCUCAGUGGUAUGUGGCAGUUAACAGACUCCUCUUCGACCACUGGAUCUCCAAUGGCGUCCACCAUAGACUCUUCAUCAAGCUCCAUGGAAGAUGAUAAGCAAAUUGUGAGAUUCAAUAACUGGGUGCAGUUUGAAGACGAUGGUAUCUCGAAAGGACAGGAAAAGAAUGAGGAAAAGGCGUUGAUCGAGUUUGAGACGAACGACAAUAACAAUAUCAUGAGUUGGGAAGUGUUGUUAGAAGCUUCCGUAAUUCUUGCACCUCUCAUGGUUUCGAACACUUACUUCUACUUUCAGCCCAACAGCUAUGGCGUAUCGUCCAAUGAAUCAACCGACCAAUGUGCCACUGAUUUGCAGAUUCAAGUGUAUAACCCUUCUGCGAUCAACCCAUUUCAGCAUACGUACAAUGGUUUUACUCCUUCAUUUGAUUCAUAUCCUACAUUCUUAUAG